GUUUUAUAGAUAUUGUCUACGGCCACAGGAGUGGAUGCCAAGUGGAAAGAGGGGGGGGGGUUGCGGAAGAUACUAGUAGUGAUGGAGAGAAUGCGAACUCCUCACUGCCUUAGGCUAUACUGUUUAAGCUUACUCCGUACUCGGUACUGAAACCGUUCCUUUUCACUGGCCAGACCUACAGUAGAGGGACCCUAGAGCCUUAGGCGAAGGGGAUGGGGAUUAUUAGCGGGGAAGUCACGUGUGAGUUAUGUCCCCAGAAGCUAAUCCCAAUACGGUCUAAUGAUGUAUUCCCGCCCGUCGCGCGUUCUACAAAGCUCGGCGCGUGUUGGGUCGCGGCACCACUCUAGAAACCUUUUCUGUGAUCUUGUUUAAACCAAAAAGUAGUCCUGACUGGCUUCCCUCGCCGUUUUCAUCGUACAACAGCAGGAAACUCAUCAUGGGUAUUAAGCACCUAUACCAGGUAAUCGCGGAGAAUGCCCCUGAUGCGGUCAAGGCGGGGGAUAUCAAAAACCAUUUUGGCCGAAAGGUUGCUAUAGAUGCCUCCAUGAGUAUCUACAGUUUCCUCAUUGCCGUGCGCUCCGAGGGCCAACAACUCAUGAGCGACACCGGCGAGACCACGUCGCAUCUAAUGGGCAUGUUCUACCGCACUUUGCGAAUGGUCGACAACGGAAUCAAACCCCUUUAUGUCUUCGAUGGAGCUCCGCCAAAACUCAAGUCGGGCGAGCUAGCCAAGCGUACCGCUCGAAAGGCCGAAGCUACUGAGGCUCAUGAGGAGGCCAAGGAAACCGGCACAGCGGAGGACGUUGAGAAGUUUUCACGGCGUACGGUACGGGUUACGAGAGAUCACAAUGCGGAGUGUAAGAAGCUGUUGAAGCUGAUGGGCAUCCCAUACAUCGAUGCCCCCACCGAGGCGGAGGCGCAGUGCGCAGUCCUUGCACGGGCGGGAAAGGUCUAUGCUGCUGCUUCCGAGGAUAUGGACACGUUAUGCUUUGAAGCACCCAUUCUUCUCAGGCAUCUUACAUUCAGCGAACAGCGAAAGGAACCGAUCCUAGAAAUUCAUCUCAGCCGCGUGCUGGAAGGACUCGAUAUGGACCGAAACCAGUUUAUCGAUCUUUGUAUCUUACUUGGCUGCGAUUAUUUGGAGCCGAUUCCCAAAGUUGGUCCCAAUACUGCCCUGAAACUGAUUCGGGAGUUUGGGAGCCUCGAGAAGGUUGUUGAGCAUAUGGAGAGCGAUCCGAAGAAGAAAUACGUUAUUCCGGAAGAUUGGCCGUACCAGGAUGCAAGAGAGCUUUUUCUCAAUCCAGACGUGAGGGAAGCUAGCCACCCAGACUGCGACUUCAAAUGGGAGGCACCAGAUAUUGAAGGCCUUGUGGAAUUCCUGGUGAAAGACAAGGGCUUUAACGAAGAUCGAGUGCGCAACGGCGCAGCCCGGCUCCAGAAGAACUUGAAAACUGCCCAGCAGUCACGUUUAGAGGGCUUUUUCAAACCUGUGGCCCGGACCGAUGAGGAGAAGGCGACCCUCAAACGUAAGCACGACGAGAAACUUCAGGAACAGAAAAAACGCAAAAAGGAGGAGGCUAAGGCCAAGAAGGAGGCCAAGGCAAGACCCCGCGGUGCCGGGUAAGGGACUCGCUCUCCUUAUUCAGCCAAUGUUUUACACGACGAGGAAGUUCUUGAAAAAGCAACGGCUAAGUAGGGGGGUCGUAAAAACCAUGAGAUGGCGUUGGCGUUGCGUGAUAAGCUCACUGGGUUGUCGGAUUUGCUUUC